AUGAAGGUCUCCAGUGUACUCACCGGCGCAGCUUUGGCGCUUGGAGUGUCUGGCUUUGCCGACACAGCCUCAUUCUACUCGUCCCACGAGUUUGGCAGCUUCAAAUACAUCGAACAAGCCUCCGACGUCGCCCACGCCUUGGAGGCAUACUCAGACACCAUCUGCUCUCUUGGUGGCAAGCUUGUGAUCUACCGUGCCAAGAACGUACACAUGUCGGUGGACCAAGCCGUCAACACCAUCAAGCACGUCCACUACGACAAUUCCGAUGCAUUGGACUUGUCUUUGGGCCAAUCGUGCUCAGUCAAGUACGUCGAAGGAAUGGAGGCCUCAAACACGGACGAAAACGUGUUGAUCAGAGACGUCGACAGUGAAGAACUUGCCUUGGAUGUUAAUGAACUCAUGAGCUCCGGCAAGCACGUCAUUGUUCAACAGAUUCCUUCCUUCGAAGGUGCUAGCAAGCUCAAGGCAUUCAAGGAAUACAUUGGAGAGCAAUACGAGCACUUGAAGGGCCACCAGCACGCCAAAAAGGCCCAGGACUCUGAAGAAGAGUAUCUCCAGGCCGUAAGUGAAUUGGAGGACGACUUGAGAGCCGCAGAAUCCUUCAUUGCCCACGAAGGUGACUCGUUGGUGACCGCAUUGGCUUCGCCCAAGGCCAGCUCCACCGCCGCACCAGUCGCUGACGCUCCAAAGAAGAUCACGAACGCCAACCUCUUCACCACCUACCAAUUCUUCACCCCAGGAAUCUUGUCAUGUGCCAUUGUUUCCUUUGCAUUGAUCGGGAUUUUGUACGGUGCCUUGCGCUGGAUCUCCGCCUUGGAAAUCAGUUACCAUGCGUUCGAAAAGCAAGUGGACUACGAGAAGAAGAAUGAGUAA